AGAUUUCAGCAUACCUAGUCUCAGCUUUUCUAGUUGUUGCAUUGUUUGUAAAAAACUGAUCUUCAAGACAAUUUUGUGUCCUUUAUACUUGUAUUGAUCUUAAUUUGUUGAGCAAAAUGACUGCAGUGAAAGGUACCAGAGUAAGUUCUGAAGGUGGGGACAUCACAAGUGAUGACAACACUUCAGCCUCAGAAGGAGAAUAUGAAGGCAGUGGUGAAGAUGAAUCUGGGAGCGAAAUUGAGCUCAAUGAAAAUGGCAUAGAAAGUUAUGAUGAGGUGGAAAGUGAUGAUAAUGAAGAUGAUUCUGGAAAAGAUGUGUCCCAAAAUUCAACAUUUUUCACAGAAGAAACUUCAAUAAAAAAGUCCCAAUCAGCACUGGCGUCAGUGCUUGGGUCUUUGCUUAGCAAAAAUAAAACGGACAAAGAAAUAUUGAGCAAGGCAAAAAAGGAUAGAGACAUCCCUCCAGGAAGGAAGAAGAAACCACAGAAACCACUAGAAAUAGUGCUGUCAGAUGGCACCAUUUCGAAACUUGAAGAUGAGGAAUCUGUCCCAAUAACAAUCAAGAAAGAACAUGACCAACUAAGACCACUGUCCAAAAAGCGGAAAGCAGACACAUUGUACAGAACUGCUCAAGAAGACGUCAAUGUGGUAAAGGAGAAGAAGCUGAGAUCUUUAGCCACUAAGGGUGUGGUUCAAUUGUUUAACACUUUGGAGCAAUACCGACAAGAGAAGAAGGGAGCCUUCACCCAGGAAAAGAAACGUACUACCCAGGUUUCAGAAAUGUCUGCUAUUACCUCUGGCAACUCGGGUCUCAUCGAUUUCUUAUCAAAGAAAACCAUGGGAGGAGAAAGGAAGCUGUUCGGCGAAGUUAAGGACGAAGAUGACGACCAGAUGUGACCAGCCUUGUGAUAUUAAAAAAAAAGAUAUCACCUGGUUCUAU